AUGAGUGUUAACAGACUUGCCGAGCUUCAAAGAGAUCCCCGCAACAACAGCGGCAAUCCUGGCCAAAAUGCAGGUAAUCCAGGUGGUGGAUAUGAGAUGCGUCCGCUUUUGUCUACUACUGGCGAUAUCACUUCUGUCCAAGGAUUUCUUGACGAAGUGUCUCAUGUAAAGGAAAGUAUCUCCCAAAUCAACUACAAUGUCAACACCAUCCGAUCCUACCAGUCAAGCAUGCUUCAAACUGCUGAUGCUGGAGAGCUUGCAAGAAACAGACAGCAGGUGGAUAACCUCACCAGUGAGACUCAAAACAUCAUGACACACGUGAAACAAAAGCUCAAGGAAAUCGAGCCUACUGCCCGACACACUGAUUUAGCCAUGAGAAAGAACGCCUUCAGCUCUGUGACAAAAUCUUUUAUGGAUGCCAUUGAAAAGCAUCGUCGAGUCGCACUGGAAUUUCAAAAGGAAGAGGGACAACAGCUGGAAAGACAAAUCAAGAUUGCAAACCCCAAUGCCACACCUCAAGAAAUUCAACAAGCUAUUGCCAGUGCAGAGCAAGGUGGAGGAGCUGUGUUUGCUCAACAAUUGCUUCAAUCUGUCAGCGGUGAAUAUAGACGUCAAGGUGCUCAAAAUACUCUAGAUGCAGUACAAGAGCGUCAUGAGGACAUCAAGCGUUUAGCCAAAAGUGUUCAAGAAUUGUCUGUGCUCUUUGAGGAGAUGCAGCAAAUGUUGGAAGCUCAGUCCAAGGUGCUGGAUACAAUUGAACAAAGUGCAUACGAAACCACUGGUAAUUUGGAGCAAGGUGUUCAAUACGUCGAAAAGGCAAAGACGUCUGCCAAGGCUACUCGUAGAAAGAAGUGGAUCUGUUUUGGUAUUUUCAUUGUUAUUCUCAUCAUUAUUGCCAUUGUCUUGGGUGUCACUCUCGCUCCCAAGAGCAGCUCUUCCUAA